AUGCACCAAGUGUUGCUAUCGUGCCUGGUUGCGGUGGCACUAGUGGUGUCUCCAGGAUACGUUACAUCCUUGGCGAUAAGCGAUCGCAUCGAUCGGUACCAACUCGAUCCACCGUUUGCCGCGAAAAUGGAUCGAUUUACGACCAAAGCAAACCUCGAGAUGGCGCUCGAUUUUAGUGAAACGGUGUUCGAAAUGGCGGGUCGUUCCGAGGAAUCACUGGCCGCUAGUCCACACGGGAAAGUCACCAAAGGUGGCACGACGUACGCGCAGAUUAUCGACGGUUAUCCUACGCCCAGCACCCGCCAACAGGAUCUCCUCGCUCGGAAAAUCCUGCGAGCGUCUUCCUUCUUCGCCAGUCGCUUCUGCAGCCCCAACGGAGUGCCAUCGUACGAGUGCGGUUUGUAUCUCAGCGGAACGCAACUUCCUCCUUCGGCGAUUGGUAAUGAAUGUCACGAAUUGAUCACGGAAAAGGAGCACAAUGAUCAAUACCGACGGCUACUCCCUGCGGUGUAUGACAAUGGUCUAUACUCGUUCCGACGCAGUACUAACGGAAGUGCGUUGCCACAAGCGCGGGAAAUUUCCGCCCGUUUCCACGUGGUCGCACGAGGUGAUCGAAAGGAUCUCGACAACACACGCUCGGUGGCACUCGUCCAGUGGAGUCAGUUUAUCGAACAUGAUCUCGCCAAGACAACCGUGCAGACGACGAAUGAUGGCACACACGUCGAAUGUUGUUCAGCUGAACAUGGUCAGCUACUGCCACGGUAUCGACAUCCUGCUUGUGAACCGAUGCUGGUUCCUGCAGAUGAUCCUUACUACGGGAUGCACCGAGCAACCUGUUUGAAUUAUGUCCGUAGUGCGUUGUCGGUUGGAGCAGAUAGCUGCACUAUGGGUCCUGCCAAUCAGCUCAACCAGGCCACGAAUAGGUUGGAUUUGUCCCAGCUUUACGGCAAUCUAGCGGAGGAUACACACCAGCUGCGAGUAGGCAAAGGUGGUCGAUUGAAAGCGCAACUGUUUGACUCCGUUGAGUACCUGCAGGAAACACCCGGUGGCCGUUUUUGCGUACCCGAUGCAAACCUCGAAACCGCGUGUUACGAUUCCGGGGACACGCGUGUCAACGUGAAUCCGUACAUCACGCUUCUCCACACGUUGUUUCUGCGGUCACACAACCGGCUUGCCAAGCAUCUAGCCUUAUUAAAGCCUGCCUGGACUGAUGAACAGCUUUUCGGAGUAGCACGCACCAUCAACACCCGCCUGUACCAGAAGAUCGUCCGCGAAUGGUUGGCAGUGAUCGUAGGCGGAAAUCAGACGAGCUUUAGCGCUGAUCCUUCCAACGAACAGGACGACCGAGUGAGUAAUGAGUUCGCAACGGCCGCUAUCCGGUUCUACAACACGAUGAUGCCGGGAGAGAUCAGCAACGCGACCACGGGCACGUAUGACCUGGAGAAGCUGUUCUACCGUCCGAAGGACCUUCGAAAGCGUGACUACUUCGGUCAGCUGGUCGGAUCGGUGUUGGGCCAAAACGCGAUGGCACUGGACACAUCGUACGUGGAUGAUAUGGCUCAUCUGCUGUUUGGAGUGCGCCAUGUUGGUUUGGACGUGCUGGCACUCGAUAUUCAGCGUGGCCGCGAUCACGGAUUGGCUCGCUAUACGGACUAUUUCACGUUGUGUAACGGAAAACCGGUCACCAGCUGGAGUGACCUCGAGCGUGUGCUGAAACCGGCCGAUUUAGAAAUCAUACGCACCGCGUACGCAACCGUCCAUGAUGUCGAUUUGAUCGUUGGUGCCAUCGCCGAAUGGCCAUCUGUGGGAGCUACUGUAGGUCCUACACUAUCCUGUCUCAUCCGAGAACAGAUCGAACGAUCACUGUCGAUGUCGGAUGGUUCUGAGCGGGAAAAUGCCUCGUUAUUACGCCAGGAUCGAUUGGAUGCUUGGUUGGCUGAGUACAGUGCUGUGCGAUUUAUGUGCGACACGGCGCAGGUUGAACGGGUUCAACGUGAUAUUUUCCACGUACCAGCGGUCGAUAACCCGCUGGUUCAAUGCGUCCAACUGCCACCACUCGAUCUUGCCGGACUUGUUUGACCGCACAGGGUUACUCACCGGUCGGAGAAAGGUCGAACGCGAGGACAGUGUACAGUUUAGGGUCGAUUAAUCACGUUUUAUGAACGCCCACGGCACCAGUCUCUCUCUAUCUGUUUCUCUUUGUGGCUUUGUGGAACAAGUUGUGGAACAUUAGCACUAAGCCUUCCUAGCAAUGUAAGCAAUCUAUGUGACUAAUUAUAAGCGGGAAAAGUUGACGUUAUUUCGUGCUCCAUCGCAAGCCGGGUCGUGUCCCAUUCGGUACGGUUUAGUGCGUAGUUGAAAUAAAAAGGAAAGAGUAAAAAUAACGAGCUAGCGUGUUUAACAGACUAUUUAAACGUUUCGUUAUCGAAUUAUUGCUUUUCGCAGCAGUACAACGACGGCAUGGUGAUGAGUUGGGGUUCCCGGUUCGUUAUCGACACGUGGUGUGGUGUUAGUUAUGUUGAGUAAUCGGAUGCUACGGUCGUCCUCAAUAGCGAGGUGAACUGGAUUGGGAGCCAUUAAUGAAAAGAUCACCCCAUGUAUGCUGCAACCGCUCUGUAACCAUCUUGACUGGCAAAUGAAACGUGUCAUUUGUGGCCUGCAUCAUUUGAUUUGAAUCUCAUGCGCUGGCAAGCUAUUUGCUUUUGAAAUUGUACAAGCGAAUGGUACCUUUUAUGUCGAAUUAUAUUUUUAACAUUUAUUCUUGUAAGAUUUCAGUAAGAAUCCCUUACAAC